UCUUUUACUGUCUAUGGGUUUGUGUCACUCACCUCAUAAAGGUGGACUUGAGUCAUUUGAGCACUUUAAAGGGGUUCAUUCAGUCAGGAAACUUCGCUCUGUGCAUACACUCUUGAUGUUGUUGCAACAUUGGUGUUUAUCUCCCAAAGGGGAGGAGCAUAUGGUCUACUGUUUGCACAAAGGAUAACAAGAGUUCAGUGUAUCUCAGAGACUAAGCAAGAGAACAGCCAUGGGCUUCAUUCUGCCAGUUUUGUUUGCUCUGCUACUCUCUGUUCUAGGUGGAUUAUACCUCCUGGGAGCUUUCCGCCGACAUCGUCCCGGUGAGCCUCCCCUCGAUAAAGGCCCUCUGCCAUGGCUGGGACAUGUUCUUGAAUUCAGGAGAGAUACCGCAAAGUUUUUAGAGCGCAUGAAAGGAAAACAUGGAGAUAUCUUUACAGUGCUGCUUGGUGGGUUUUAUUUCACAUUCAUCAUGGACCCUUUGUCAUUUGGAUCAGUGGUGAAGGAGGCCAGAGCCAAACUGGAUUUCAAUAAGUUUGCCAAACAUCUUGUCCAAAGAGUUUUUGGAUAUUAUUCCCUUGAAGGUGAUCACAAGUUCCUUCAAAUGUACAGCAACAAGCAUCUUAUGGGUGACGGGCUAGUUGUGAUGACCCAGGCCAUGAUGAGCAACCUUCAGAAUCUCAUGCUGCACAGUUUUGGUUCAGGAGACGAUCAAAAUGGCUGGCAGGAUGAUGGACUUUUCAAAUACAGUUAUAACAUUGUUUUUCGAGCUGGAUAUCUGGCAUUGUUUGGUAAUAAGACACCCACACAGCCAGAGGGGCUGGAGAAAGCCAAGGAGGCAGAUCGUCUUGAAUCAGAUGAACUGUUCUAUGAGUUCCGUAAGUAUGACCAACUGUUCCCUAAUCUGGCAUAUGGCGUCCUUGGCCCAAAUGAGAAGAUGGAGGCAGAGCGUCUGAAGAGACUAUUCUGGAAUAUGCUGUCAGUACAGAAAGUGAGUACCAGAGACAACAUCAGUGGUUGGGUCCUGGACCAGCAGCAAGUAAGAGCUGAACGUGGAAUGGAAGAAAGCAUGCAAGACCGAUUUAUGUUCCUGCUUCUUUGGGCGUCACAGGGAAACACUGGCCCCUCUGCCUUCUGGCUGCUCCUCUUUCUCAUGAAGCAUCCUGAAGCCAUGAAGGCGGUGCGAGCUGAGGUGGAGCAGGUACUGCGGGAGACAGGACAGGAAGUGAAGCGUGGAGGACCCCUCAUUGACCUGACCAGGGACAUGCUCCUGAAGACGCCGGUCCUAGACAGCACUGUGGAGGAGACCUUGCGUUUAACAGCUGCACCUGUCCUAACCCGCGCUGUACUGCAAGACAUGGCCUUGAAGAUGGCUGAUGGUCGUGAGUAUAGCAUCCGGAAGGGAGACAGAGUGGCUCUUUUCCCCUAUACAGCUGUGCAUAUGGAUCCAGAGGUUCACCCUGAUCCAGCUACUUUCAAAUAUGACCGUUUCCUGACUUCAGAUGGUGUGAGAAAGACAGAUUUCUACAAAAAUGGCAGAAAGGUGAAAUACUACACCAUGCCCUGGGGAGCUGGUGUCACCAUGUGUCCAGGGCGCUUUUUUGCCACCAAUGAGCUGAAGCAGUUUAUCUUCCUCAUGCUCUCAUAUUUUGACUUUGAGUUGAAAGACCCUGAUGAGAAGAUGCCUGAUAUUGAUGUAAGGCGCUGGGGCUUUGGAUCAAUGCAGCCCACCCGAGACAUUUCUUUCAGAUACAGGCUGAAAUUCUGAGUUGUGCUUCUUAUAACCAGUUGUUGUCAAAAACCUUGUAACACAAUAUUAAUUUUGUCUCUUUUAAGAUCUGAAUCCAACAAAUUGUAUAUUAUAUAUCUUUGUCUGAAUGAAUCUUUCUGUUUUUUGUUUUUCAUGAAUUACUGUAAUACAUAAUAAACAUGUAGCCUACUUUUACUUUCUCCAGUUGUUUUGAAAUGACCGAAAUUAUAUUUUCUGCAGCUGUAGCAUUUAAAUUCACAACCUAUGAUGCAAUUUCUGGACAUUUCUGGUAAUUCAGUAACUGAAAAAGGCUGUGUCAGAAAGAAAAUGAAAAUUAAAAAGGGAGUUUAUUUUUAA